UCCACCACCAGCUUGCUGGUGCACGUGGGCUAGUCACUCAACCACUCUGGUGCCAUCUGUAGAAAGGCGAGAGGAAGAAGCUUUGCCCAGCUAUGAGCAUCCCCUGGAAUAAAGGAUUUGGAGCAGGAUGGAGCUGGAGUGAGACGGAGGAGCUGCCAGCUGCUGACCGGCACGUGGGACGCUGGUGAUUCGCGGGCCACUGAGGCUGGACAACGUUCAUGGCUCUCGGGUAGAACCCAGCGAAACGGCCAGAAUGAAUUCUAUGGACAGGCACAUCCAACAGACCAAUGACCGACUGCAGUGCAUCAAGCAGCACUUACAGAACCCUGCCAACUUCCACAAUGCCGCCACAGAGCUCCUGGACUGGUGCGGAGACCCGCGAGCCUUCCAGCGGCCCUUUGAGCAGAGCCUGAUGGGCUGUUUGACGGUGGUCAGUCGGGUGGCAGCUCAGCAAGGGUUCGACCUGGACCUCGGCUACAGACUGCUGGCUGUGUGUGCCGCCAACCGAGACAAGUUCACUCCGAAGUCUGCCGCCCUGCUGUCCUCCUGGUGCGAGGAGCUCGGCCGCCUGCUGCUGCUCCGACAUCAGAAGAGCCGCCAGAGCGACCCCCCCGGGAAACUCCCCAUGCAGCCCCCCCUCAACUCCAUGAGCUCCAUGAAACCCACUCUGUCGCACAGUGAUGGGUCGUUCCCCUAUGACUCUGUCCCUUGGCAGCAGAACACCAACCAGCCUCCCGGCUCCCUCUCCGUGGUCACCACGGUUUGGGGAGUGACCAACACAUCCCAGAGCCAGGUCCUCGGGAACCCUAUGGCCAAUGCCAACAACCCCAUGAACGCAGGCGGAAACCCCAUGGCGUCGGGCAUGACCACCAGCAACCCCGGCCUCAGCUCCCCGCAGUUUGCUGGGCAGCAGCAGCAGUUCUCCGCCAAGGCCGGCCCCGCCCAGCCCUACAUCCAGCAGAGCAUGUACGGCCGGCCCAGCUACCCCGGCAGCGGGGGCUUCGGGGCCAGUUACCCUGGGGGUCCUAGUGCCCCUGCAGGCAUGGGCAUCCCUCCGCACACCAGGCCGCCCGCUGAUUUCACUCAGCCGGCAGCUGCCGCCGCGGCAGCUGCAGUGGCGGCGGCGGCGGCCACGGCCACGGCCACAGCUACGGCCACUGUGGCAGCCUUGCAGGAAACACAGAAUAAGGAUAUAAACCAGUAUGGACCGGUCUGUUCCUCUUUCCAGAUGGGUCCCACCCAGGCGUAUAACAGCCAAUUCAUGAACCAGCCCGGGCCUAGGGGGCCCGCCUCCAUGGGGGGCAGCAUGAACCCCGCAAGCAUGGCGGCUGGCAUGACGCCUUCGGGGAUGAGCGGCCCUCCCAUGGGCAUGAACCAACCCCGGCCGCCCGGCAUCAGCCCCUUUGGCACACAUGGGCAGCGGAUGCCCCAGCAGACCUACCCGGGCCCCCGGCCCCAGUCCCUUCCUAUUCAGAGCAUAAAGAGGCCAUACCCGGGAGAGCCCAACUACGGAAACCAGCAAUACGGACCAAACAGCCAGUUCCCCGCCCAGCCAGGCCAGUACCCCACCCCCAACCCCCCGCGGCCACUCACCUCUCCCAACUACCCUGGGCAGCGGAUGCCCAGCCAGCCGAGCGCCGCGCAGUACCCUCCCCCCACGGUCAGCAUGGGGCAGUAUUACAAGCCAGAGCAGUUUAAUGGACAAAAUAACACCUUCUCUGGAAGCAGCUACAGCAACUACAGCCAAGGCAACGUCAAUAGGCCUCCCAGGCCAGUUCCUGUGGCAAAUUACCCCCACUCACCUGUUCCAGGGAACCCCACGCCCCCCAUGACCCCUGGGAGCAGCAUCCCCCCAUACCUGUCCCCCAGCCAAGACGUGAAACCACCCUUCCCGCCUGACAUCAAGCCAAAUAUGAGUGCUCUGCCGCCACCCCCAGCCAACCACAAUGAUGAGCUGCGGCUCACCUUCCCCGUGCGGGAUGGCGUGGUGCUGGAGCCCUUCCGCCUGGAGCACAACCUGGCCGUCAGCAACCACGUCUUUCACCUGCGGCCCACAGUCCACCAGACGCUGAUGUGGAGGUCCGACCUGGAGCUGCAGUUCAAGUGCUACCACCACGAGGACCGGCAGAUGAACACCAACUGGCCAGCCUCGGUGCAGGUCAGCGUGAACGCCACGCCCCUCACCAUCGAGCGUGGCGACAACAAGACGUCCCACAAGCCCCUGCACCUCAAGCACGUGUGCCAGCCGGGCCGCAACACCAUCCAGAUCACCGUCACCGCCUGCUGCUGCUCCCACCUCUUCGUGCUGCAGCUGGUCCACCGGCCCUCCGUGCGCUCCGUGCUGCAAGGCCUCCUCAAGAAGCGGCUCCUGCCCGCAGAGCACUGUAUCACGAAAAUUAAGCGGAAUUUCAGCAGCGUGGCCGCCUCAUCAGGCAACACGACCCUCAAUGGGGAGGAUGGCGUGGAGCAGACAGCCAUCAAGGUGUCUCUGAAGUGCCCCAUCACAUUCCGGCGCAUCCAGCUGCCUGCCCGAGGCCAUGACUGCAAGCACGUCCAGUGCUUUGACUUGGAGUCGUACCUACAGCUGAAUUGUGAGAGAGGGACCUGGAGGUGUCCUGUGUGCAAUAAAACUGCUCUGCUCGAGGGCCUGGAGGUGGAUCAGUACAUGUGGGGCAUCCUGAAUGCCAUCCAACACUCCGAGUUUGAGGAGGUCACCAUCGACCCCACGUGCAGCUGGCGGCCGGUGCCCAUCAAGUCAGACCUACACAUUAAGGACGACCCUGACGGCAUCCCCUCCAAGCGGUUCAAGACCAUGAGUCCCAGCCAGAUGAUCAUGCCCAACGUCAUGGAGAUGAUCGCAGCCCUGGGCCCUGGCCCAUCCCCCUAUCCACUCCCGCCCCCGCCCGGCGGCACCAACUCCAACGACUACAGCAGCCAAGGCAACAACUACCAGGGCCAUGGCAACUUUGACUUCCCCCACGGGAACCCCGGCGGGACGUCCAUGAACGACUUCAUGCAUGGGCCCCCCCAGCUCUCCCACCCCCCGGACAUGCCCAACAACAUGGCCACCCUCGAGAAGCCCCUCAGUCACCCCAUGCAGGAGACUAUGCCCCACGCUGGCAGUUCUGACCAGCCCCAUCCCUCCAUACAACAAGGUUUGCACGUCCCACACCCCAGCAGCCAGUCAGGGCCUCCAUUACAUCACAGUGGGGCUCCUCCUCCUCCUUCCCAGCCUCCCCGGCAACCGCCACAGGCCGCUCCCAGCAACCAUCCACACAGCGACCUGACCUUUAACCCCUCCUCAGCCUUAGAGGGUCAGGCCGGAGCGCAGGGAGCGUCCGACAUGCCGGAGCCUUCGCUGGAUCUCCUUCCAGAACUCACAAACCCUGACGAGCUCCUCUCGUACCUGGAUCCCCCCGACCUGCCGAGCAAUAGUAACGAUGACCUCCUGUCUCUCUUUGAGAACAACUGAAGCCCACCCCUCCGUCGGGGCCACCCCUCCCCACGCGGCCUCCUUCCCCGUCUGCCCCCCACACUUCCCCGCUGGGAGCCCACGCCCCCGGACCGCCCCUGCCGCGGCCUUCGGAGUCGAGGGGCAGGAGGGCGCACUGUGAAGGCGGUGCGGGUCUGGAGCCCACGCCCAGAGUGGGCCCCGAAGAUGGUCCUCGGGACGGGGCGCCAGCCCGGGGAGGGGCACACGCUGACGGCGGCUUCCAGAUGACCCUCCAGUGCCCCCCAGGUUCUUCCAGUUUCUAAACUGUGACCUGGUCUCCCUGCUUCCCGGCCCAGAGCCACCUCCAAGUGACUGUGAACCUGAGGGGGGGCCCCCAGACCCCGGCGGCCCUGAGCCUUGGAGGAGCAGCGGCGGUGGGUGGCAGUGAGAAACGGCCUGCCCGCCACCACCACCCCCCACAGAAAAGCACAAACCUCUGGGAACGAGAACUCUCAGGGGCCAAGGUUAUCACUUUGACCCCAGGCCUCUAUGCCAGGAUACCCUGUAAACACUCUCAGAAAAGCAGAGCAAAAAGAUAAGAUUCUGUGUUUGGGAGAGGGCGAGCCAUUGCUGCUUGGGGACUGGUGGAAAAGGGAGUCAGGGCCUCCUCGGAGCCAGGAGGGCCCCACAACCUCUGAUUCAGGCCAGGGCCCAGCCUUGGGGGUGCCAGAGAGAAAGAAUCCAGCUGAAAUUAUUGUGCCCUUAGUUGUGGGGGUGGGGUGGGUGCCGCCAGCCAGAGUUGGAGUCCAAUAGAAACCGGCAACUUACAGUUUUGCUCCAGGCCACUCCCUGUUUUUAAAUGACAAUAACUUAAAGCUACAAAGUCAUCUGGAGAAGAGGAACAGUGGACUUGGACAGCAAGCGAACCAUUUCUCUCCAUGCGUUCUGUUUCCUUCCUCUGCUCCCCCCUCCCCCACCUCUCCAAGACUGUUACGUGGGACGCCCACUUCCCUCUGUCCCAGUGCCCCGUGUGUCCACCCGGACGACAAGGUGGGUGGUGGAAAGGCAGGGGCUGCGCGGGCUCCGCAGCAGGAACCCCGGGCAUCGUCCUCUCUCCGGCUCCUCUGUCUGGUCUGGUCUGUCCCUGUGCUCAAGGCUGCCCCGGCUCCAGCCCAGUCCGUCGCCGCGUGUGCCGUGAUAUGCCCUCGAGCAUCACGUGGUGUUUCUGUGGCUGUCUCAGACCCCGCACCUGGCUGCCAGCCUCUCCUUCCCUCCGUGUCCCUCUGUCCUCGAACGCUCACCCCACACGGCUGCUCCAGCAGAAGCAGCCUCUGGUUUUUCCUCCACGCUUUGCUCCAUCCCACUAACUGCGCACCCUCGGAGUCUCCUGGGUAGUGUUUUGCGCAUCCAUUUUGUUCCAGGCUCCCUUGUGCUCCUCGAGCCGCAUGGCCUGUGAUGCUGGGCCAUUGGGUCGCUUGGUCCAUCCGCUCUGUAAUUCGUCACGCCCUUCCCCGGCUGCUGCCCGGGGCCCUCGCCUGCUCGCCGACCACUGUCUGUGUUCUCAGUUUCCAUCUCCCUCUCUGUUGGGGGCAGGGGACACCCCCAGCACUCCUCUGGAUUUGACCGGAGUGUUGGCCCCAGCUGCUGACGUCCAGUCACUGCACCAGACGGCCCGGCACAAGGUUUUCUGUAGGAAAGCUGCCACCGUCCCGUCCCUGCCCCUUUUCCUUUGUCCCGUGGUCGAGGUUUUUUCAAACAGCGUGGUGUUCCGUAUGCAAAUCAAUUAUUUUAAGAAUUGCUUUUGUAAAUAUCUUUGUGAAUAUUUUAGUAUUGUCUUUGAUAAUAUUCAACAUUUUCAUGACCUGGUUAUAGCCUUUGCUGGUGUUUUUAAAAUACCUUGACUCAAUGACAAAGACCGAGUCCCUUUUUUAAAAAAAACAACAAACAAAAACAAAAAAGCAACCAGGGCCAUUUGUACAGAUGACGGGAUGAAGAGCAUGGGUGGCUGUACCAGGAGGUAGAUGACCAGGCCACCCGCUGUUUGGAGCCAUCCCCAGCUGGCUGGUGGGGACAAGAUGACGCCAGAUAGCAUGUGGCUGUCUCUGCCCAGUGGCCAGUAGCCCCAGCCGUGUCAGGCCAUCUGGGAAGGUUCCACCCCAGACAGACUUACAGAUGCCUUCCUUAGACGUUCCCGCUUCCUGCCACGCAGCUUUUUCUCAGAAAGGCCUGGGGUCCCAUCGGGUUGUUAUGGGGUGUCCCCACUCUGGCUCACUGACCUGUGCACAGCUUUCCAGUGCAGAGGGUCGGUCUGCUCCCCACAGCCCAGGCUCCAGGCACCUCCCUCAGCCGUCUCCGGGGAAGCCGUGGGCUCGGCACCGGAGGCGGGUUUCCUGGGCCCCUCCCAAUCGAGCCUCCACCAGCACGUUCAGCAAAGAGCUUUCCAGAACCGUGGUGCCUGCAGCCCGCGCUCUGGGCAUGUACUCUUCCAGAGCGGUUUUGGAGCCAGGUCGGGGUGGGGGGGGGGGGGGGG